AACUGGUUUAGCUGAAUGUAUACAAGAAGCAUGGGCUCCAACUCAUACUAAUAUUCGACAGCGUAUUCAUGGAGAUCUAGAUAUCUUCCUUUUCCUUUCUUCAUCACUCAAACAAGGACCCGUUCCAUUAAAUACUCGUAUUAAAGAUGUCCGUUCAUAUAUGAAUUCAACUGUAACAGUACUUUACGAAGAUCGAAUUAUUGAUCCAGAAAUUCCUUCUACUUGCAAUCCUCAAUUUCAACUUCCUGGCUAUGCUGUCAUUCCUGUACCUGCUUAUUUUCAACAAUUAUGGUCACUUAAUGAAUGUUAUGAUCUUGUUAAAAACUAUGAAAAACAAUUUAAUAUUCGAUAUCAAUUAUUGAUUCGUGCUCGUGUUGAUACACGAGUUAAAAUGCCAGCAACUUUCGAACGUCAAGGUAUACUUAAUCUCAAUACAACAAUGCUUGUUCCACCUCAUCGUCAUUUUCCAGGAAUCGACGAUGGCUUUGCUCUAGGUCCAAUUGAACUUAUGUCACAUUAUAUGAAACGUUGGCAUAGUUUACGACAAUGUCCUCCAGAUAGAAACUUUCAGCCAGAAGGCUAUCUGAAAAAAUAUUUAGCACGUUUUACCAAUAUUACAAUUGAUGAUACAAUCAGUGGUGCUGCUGAUGCUGUACCACAUGGUCCUGGAAAAUGUCACUAA